CAUUGGAACUUCAUGGCGGACGGGUUCAGGCAGCAGCGGCGCGGUGGCCGUGGCGUCACGCUUUACUGUGGAAGAAACUCUCCUGAUUGAGGCGUGUGUUACUCUACUGCUUUCCUAGAAGAACAUGAUGGAUAUGAAGAUAUAAUUGAUGCCCUGGGAUGAGGAACACAAGCCACAUUUCAAAAGUGCUGCCAUUCAGUCAGAGUUCCACUCCUUGGGGAGGAAGUCUCUACUACUGCUGAGCAUAGUGGAGGUGGUGCCAUGGAGCAUGAAGACCCCACCGUCACUACUGGUGCCAGGCAGCACUCCUUGCGACCUGCAAGUCUUGCUAGAGUUGCUAUUAAGUCAACUGUUCAACAGGCUACCGCCCUACCCUCGACAGCAGCAGAAAUGGCGACGUGGUAACCUGCUCGUGGUCUGUGUAACGCUCUUCAUCUCUUCACCGCUGCCUCUCCGUACUGCUGGCUGACCUUGCAAGCCGUUCUCUGUCAUCACGCGGGGCAGCCGCCCCCCACCCAAUCCACCGGUAUGGUGCCACAGGAUGUCAGCCUCGUUCCUCGCCUUCGAAGAUUGCCACAAUUGAACUACAGCACAACACCUUACCGCGUGGCCCGCUGGUGAACACCUCCAUGUGGGUGAAAAGUGGUGCGAACACUCUCCAUACACACCCGCGGCGUGGUCCAGUAACUACUCCUUGCUGACAUUGGUGGUUGAAUAAAUCUUAUUUUAUUUCUGUUUAGUGAAGAAUAAAAGAGCCUUUUGAAUAAUGUAUUUUGUGUCAUGAGUAACAAUAC